ACCCGCCGAAUUAAGGCCACAGCAUUGCCAAUACAGCGACUCGCACGAGUAAACUAGACGUCAAGAAAGAACCUCAUACAACGAUCGCUUAAAAAGCUUGGAAACAAAAUGACAACCGAAAUCGAUUUAACUAGGAAUCCUAUCUGGGUGAAGCGUGUCGAAGGUUUGUUCGAUACUAUGGAUGUCAAUGGCAACGGCUUGUUGUCCAUUAGUGAGAUUCUGAAGUGGGCAGACAACUUGGAAAAGGCUUGCAAGGCGACACCCAAAGAGAUCAAAUCUCUAAGAGAGGCACUGCAAAUGAUGUGGGGUGUCGUUGGCCUGGUUCCUGGUGUUGAGUUGGACAAGAAGCAGUUUGUCAAGGGUUUUAAUCGACUAGCAAAGGGAGAGCUGAAAAGACAUGCAGAACAUAAGACUACUCUGCACAACAGACAAAACAACGCCUUCUUCGACGUGAUCGACGUGAACAAUGAUGGAACAGUUUCACUCGAUGAGGUGAAAACCAUGAUGAAAGCUUGUAAUUAUGAUGAAGACGCAGCAGAAGCCUGGUUUAAUGCAGCUGAUACCAACAGGGAUGGUAGGAUUGACCGAAACGAGCUGAACAAGGUCGAAUUUGAAUACUGGUUCAGUAAUCCUCAACCAUCUAAUAAAGGACUGUUUGGAGGAGUGUUCGAAUAAAAAGCCCCCGCCACUCCCCCUCAAAAAGUUUUUGAAACCUUCAACUGAAAACUCUUCCAACGUCUAUGUGUCAACACGAUUUCAUAACCUAAUGAGGCAAAUGUUAAAAAGCAUAAAGGUGCGCUAGUGUGCUGUACGUGAAAAAUGUAACAAUUUUCCUAGAUUUUACACUUUUCCCGUUUACCAAUUCUAAGUCAAAGCCGGAGCUGUAAGUUAAAAUAAAGCUGUAAUAGAUUAAAUAAUGAAUAAAAGUUGAGCAUCUUUUAA